AUGAUGGGGGAUGCGGCGAUGCAAUCGAGUCUUUUGCUCCGGAAACAGCUGGCAGAUUUGCGGAAAAACCCUGUGACCGGCUUCUCUGCCGGCCUGAUCGACGACAGUGACAUUUACAAGUGGGAAGUUCUCAUCAUUGGCCCUCCAGACACUAUGUACGAGGGCGGUUUCUUCAAGGCUCACCUCAUCUUUCCCAAGGAAUACCCGCAGCGACCGCCGAAAAUGACGUUCGUUUCCGAGAUCUGGCACCCGAAUAUCGACAAGAACGGUGACGUGUGCAUUUCGAUACUCCACGAGCCGGGUGAUGACAAGUGGGGAUACGAAAAGGCUUCAGAACGCUGGUUGCCUGUGCAUACAGUGGAAACGAUUCUCCUCUCCGUCAUUUCCAUGCUCGCCGAUCCGAAUGACGAGAGUCCCGCCAACGUGGACGCGGCAAAACAGUGGCGGGAGAAUUUUGUGGAUUUUCGAAAGCGGGUCGCGCGCUGCGUGCGGAAAAGUCAGGAGGAGAUGUGA